UGAGACGCCCUGUGCCGGGGUACGGCAGACACUGACUGAGUGUGAUGGCAUGGUGCCACUCAGGUUGAGGUGAUUGUGAUUAGCUCAGGGGACACCUAGAGCUCAGCAUCUGCUACAAACACAGGCUAGGGGGCGCCACUUCUGCCACGGGGACAGUUUCUCAGGACUGAUACAGGAGCCACUGGACCAGAGAUGGCGUGUGUGGGUGUAUAAGGAUCACGGCUGGCAGGUUUGAUCAAGAAGCACCAAAAGAGUAUUCACGGAGAUAUUAAUUACGAGCGUCUCUCAGAGGUAUUGGAGGUUACAAAAGUUUUCAAGAAUUUCAAAACUAAUUGUGUAGCAUUUUGCAUCGGUUAUUGGGACCGAUUCACUCACCAGCUUUCGUUUCGUUUGGUUAGCUGCUGAUCCAUGUAUUCAUCCAGUUCCGCCAUUAUUAUUUUUUCGGAAAUAUCUAAGAAUCCAUGGCAAUGCUGCAGUCCAAUUCUAUCCAGUCCACUCCCAUUGUUACACCAUUAUCUGUCUUACUCAUAAGCUGUUAUAUGAAAAAUUUUCCUAUUAUGCUCCCAUCUGUAUGUAUAUUCUGGACCUUUCCAUAUGAUCCGAAUCUUUGUUGUUGCAAGAAUGUCUUUCCAGAAGGACUUACAGAAUCAUGGCCAAUGUGAAAGUUCUGGGUGCAGAAACCUGUAGACCAGGCUGCUGGACUGCUGUCUGCCAACAGCCCUGUGUCUCUUUCUGACCCCAGCCAGGGGCCAGAAAAUGAAAACCUAGACAAAAUUGGGUCCAGAUGACUAGGAGAAGCAACCCUUAGGAAUAUCACUGGGCAGCAGAUGUGGAUCUGAAGAAAUGAAUUUCCCGUUCUUGACUCUUUCCUUCCUCUACAGGUUGAAACUCUCACUUUUCCCGGGUUCAGCCACAGAAACCAUCAUGUCAUUAAAAUGAGGCCCAGGCGUUGAUCCGUAACAGCCUGGGGCACCCGACUGCAUCUCAAAGUCAUAUCAUGUGAAUCAGUCUGACCGCACUCCCCAUAAGUCCUUUGUGAUGCUACUUUUCCUUGGCGAAUGGUUUGUCUGCUAAUCUGUAUGCCUGCUCUUUCAGCAGUUUCGGUUAUGUAGGUGAUGCCAAUAAUGAGCAUACACCUUCCAGAGGUAGGUGACACAUCUCUUCUGCCUUCUGCCCUCCUAGGCAGCAUUGAGAAGAUACCCAAGGCAAACUGUGAACCAGUGUCCCUUGACCAUCUCAGGGGAUAAGAGCAAAGCUGUCCCUGGACAGUGUGAGAGUGCGGCUCAAUAUUUAAAGGCAGUUAAGCUCUAAAGUGGACUUAACAAUAGAGCAACAGGUUCAUCAUUUAGCGUACAGGACAGGUGCUAAUUCAGCAGACCAUGUGUGUUUCUGCUCCCAACAGGCUUGUAUGCAGAGAUGCUGGUUCUUCUGCUUGCGGUUUCUGCUCUGCUGACGGCCCACACGGGCCGUGCCCAGGACCUGCCAUAUGAGGACUACCUGGAGCAGAUGAGGGUCUGCCCCAAAGAGUGCCACUGCCCGCCCAGCAUCCCCAGCGCCAUGUACUGUGACGGCAAAGACCUGAAGAGCAUCCCCACAAUCCCACCACACACCCGCUACCUGUACCUGCAGAACAACCAGAUCGAGACCAUCUUGAAGGAAGCCUUCAGCAACGCCACCCAGCUGCGGUGGCUCAACCUUAACCACAACAAGAUCACCAGUGAGGGUUUAAAGGAAGGGGCACUGGAGGGUCUACCAGCCCUCCUGUACCUCUACAUGGAGGACAACCUGAUGACCAGGGUUCCCACUCCACUGCCCCCCAACUUAGAGCAGCUCCGCCUUUCCCGAAACCGCAUCUCUAAGAUCCCCCCAGGUGUGUUUGCCAAACUGAGCCGCCUGGCGCUGCUGGAUCUCCAUGCCAACCAGCUGCAGGAUGACGCUGUGAUGGAGGCCAACCUGAAGGGGCUCACCAGCCUGGUCCAGAUCAACCUGGCUAAGAACAGCUUGAGGAACAUGCCGCCCCGCCUGCCCGCCACAACCAUCCAGAUUUUCCUGGACAGCAACAGCAUAGAGAAGAUCCCCGCCGGCUACUUUAACGGCCUACCCAAGAUCGCCUUUCUCCGGCUGAACCGCAACAAGCUUGCUAACGGCGGGCUACCCAAGGACAUCUUCAAAAUGUCCAGCAUCCUUGACCUGCAGCUGUCACACAAUCAGCUGACUGAGGUGCCCCAAAUCCCAGCAAGCUUGGAGCAGCUGCAUCUCAGCCACAACCUGAUCAAAAGUGUGAAUGGGACCAGCAUCUGCCCUGGUCCCACCGAUGCCCCAGACAGCUACACUGAGGACCAGAUCCCGCGGCUGCGAUACCUCCGCCUUGACGGCAACGACGUGCAGCCGCCCAUCCCCCUGGACCUCCUGAUCUGCUUCCGUCUCCUCACAGCUGUGAUUAUAUAAGGGCCACGUCGGGCUGGACAGGAAAAUGGCAGACCCCACAGGUCAAAGGUCAUCCGCUUUCCCUGACUUCUGUUUACACCCUGUAGAUAGGACUGGGAUCCUCCAUACUGACCUUCAUCAGUGGUGAUGAUGCGCGGCCAUGCUGUCCAGGUGCCUUUGGCCAAGCCUGCAGCGUUCUUCUUCCUGUGCUCUUUGCAUUACUGCGCUCCAGAGGUGGAAAGUUCAGGUCCAGAAAGUAGAAAUCCAGACCAAGAUUUUGUUUCAACCAACCAGCUGAGUACUCUGUGACUGUGACUCUUUAUACUUAACUGGUUGGUUGAAACAAAACCUUAGUCUGGAUUUGUACUUUCUGAACCUGAAUUUUCCACUUCUGCUGCACUCUUUCCCUUACUGCGCUCUUUCCUUUACUGUGUCUUCACUUCUCCCCUUUUCCUCCUGAGUUCUGUGUCCCAGGUCACUUUUUCAUAUAUUUAAUCCCACACAAAACCUUCCAUUGUCACAUGUGUGUGUGUGUGUGUGUGGGGGGGGGGGGUGCUAUAGGUGAGGACAGUUUUAAACUAGGAAAGUAAUAUUUCGAGUGAUUUUCAUAUACAUGCAUGGAGGACUGUGCAAAUCUCACAGGGUUAGAGAAGACAAUUUGCUUUUUCAUCGUUCUUUUUUCAUUAUUCGGCUUUACAGCUGUCAUGAUUUACAGCAACAUUUUUUUCUGAGAUUUUCUGCUAAGAAAAAAAAAGGACCAAGGGAUAGCUGGAUAACUGAAAAGGGUGACGGAAUAACUAAACACGACUCGCUGCUGAAGCUGUAUUUGAUGUUUCAGUAGCAAGCUGGGCCUUGGACACGGUUCUGGAAAGUGCUGCUGUUAUUUGAUGUUAUUCCGCGUGUAUGUAAAGGGAAUCUCCACAGAAUUGGGGCUCAUAGCGAUGCCCCAGGGCUGUGGUUAUACACCAACGUGACAGUGCAACGAUGCUAAUCAAAGUCACUUAAGCAGACUGAGCUAAAAUGCAUCCAGCACAAAGAUUCCUCAUGUCUUUUGGUCAUCUGGUUUUACUUCACGUGUUUCACUCUUUUAUCUUUUGUGCGUAACGACUCACAUUUGGUUACAUUUGUGGGGGAAAAAAAUAACACACUUCACAGCCAAAUGUCUGCGGGUUAUAAAUAAAUAUUCUAAAUGAAUACAGACAGGUUACAAAACUGUUUAUGUAAAUGUCUGGCAUGUACUUGUUGCCUUGUGAAUAUAUAAUUAUCUGUUUAGGGUGACUUUACAUAUGGGGAUGGCUAUUUGAUAAAUACUGCAGUCUUGUUACUGUAAUUCAGUCUCUCAAACAAAUGAAUAAAAACCACAUGUGAACUGUG